AUGGACCCCACUUCACCACAUCGCUCUUCCAUGCUGGAAAAGUUCCAUCUCUUCACUGUACACGUCACCUCCCCCAAUUGGGUAAAGCCUGCAACAACGCAUGACUCUUGUUGCUUCCUUCCCUUUCUUCUUCUUCACUGCACAACAAGAAUCCACACACCACAACCCACACUUUCCAAAAUUCACAACCCCUCUCUCUUUUUUCCCACAAACAAACACUUUUCGCUGCUUUCUCUUUGCUCUCUUCCACUUUUUAUUUAUUGGGAAACAGUCGUAGCUUGUAAACCUUCACAGGGCAACAACUGAUGCAAGACGAGAUUGCCUUUUGCAUAAAAGGACUCUGCAACCCUGCAUGGUAGCUGAGCUGAUAUCUGGAUCUUCUUUAUUUAAAUUGGUGUCUAUACAGUAUGCAGUUUUGUAAUCUCAGAGCCUUUUUCAUUAUUGGAAUUGAAGAUUAAGGAAAUGGAGAAGGUUUGUGAGUUCUGCACGGCCCUGAGGCCACUUGUUUACUGUAAAGCUGAUUCGGCAUAUCUUUGUCUAUCCUGUGAUGCGAAGGUGCAUUUGGCAAAUGCUUUGUCCGGCCGGCACCUCCGGAACCUUGUGUGUAACUCAUGUGGAGAUCGUGUUGCUUAUGUUGUAUGUUUGGACCACAAAAUGUUAAUCUGUCGAGACUGUGAUCAAAAGUUGCACAAUAAUUCUUUAUCACACCAGAAACGAGCUAUCAGAAGUUUCAUAGGUUCCCCUUCUGCUAAAGACUUUGCAGCACUCUGGGGGUUUGAAUUGAAUGAGAUUGAAAACUGUGCCAAUCAGGAUCAGUUUGAUUCAGUUUCUUGUGUUUCUGCGGAAUUGAAUGUAGCACAAGUCUCAGGAAAGCCUGACAUUCAAAAUGGGGUCCCUUCACUGCUAGCUGGGGCCAAACUUGAUGAGGGAUCGACCAGUCAACAAGGUCAGAUAUUGCACAAUCAUCAAGAGCGUCAAACUAUUGUGCAGCAGAUUAUUGAUCUAAAAUGGCUCCAACAAAUUGAGGAGAUUGAUUAUUCUGCAAAGAUCAGCAGGCUAAAAGAAAAAAAAUCAUCACCUUCAUUAUAUCACACUCUUAAGAAAUUGGACGAAAAAUUCAAUGGUCAAUCACAAAAUUCCCAGGAUUUGGCUACUAAUGUUCUGGAAAAAUACUGUCCUACUGUGGAGCCGAGUACAGAAACUGUGCCCUCUACUUUUUCUCAACUUGAUAAUUUAUCUUCAUCUUCUAUUAUCGAUCUUCCCUUGCAUGGAGAAUUGUUCUGGACGUGCAAAAGUCCACUUCGAAGUAAUCAGCUGUGGUCCCAAAAUAUUCAAGACCUUGGUAUAUGUGAAGAACUUGUUCGUCUGGAUGAUUUUAACAUCCCUGAUGUUGACUUAACUUUCCAAAACUUUGAUGAAUUAUUUGGAGGAGAUAAGGAUCCAAUUAGAAUAUUGUUUGAUGAUCAAGAUGUCUCCUGCUCUUCUUUAGAGAAGGAUAAGUCAAUCGACAAGUCAGAUAUUGACAAUCUAAGUGCAAUGGAGGAUUCUUCGGCUUCUGCAUCCAUUAAUCUCUCCCAAUAUGAUCAUGAGAACAAGCAUAUGAACCCUCUCGGCCAGUACUGUCCAAAAAGCAUGGAUCCUACGCAUGCGACUCAACCAUUUGAUUCAAAUAUACCCUUAUCUGUUUUGGGAUUCACUUUGGAAAGCAGUUUCACAGGUCAUGAGGACAGUGUCCUUUCUCCCUACAGUGAAGGGAAGGCUUAUUCAGGCAUGAGAAGCAAUUUCGACUUCUAUCCAGGAAACCUGGAGCUAAUGUAAGAAAGAGAGUGAAAGGCAUUGCUAUGACAGAAAGCAUUUGACUUUUGCAUAUUCAUGCUGUAGAUAUCUCUCUCUAUUCCAGAUUGUUCCUCAUCAUGAAGCAUUUGUUAACUUGAUAAAUUGAUUCGCUCAUAUUUUUUCUGUUCAUAAUAUAUUGUAAAAGUAUAGCAUCAUGAUAUGUGCUGCUUAUUCAGAAAAUAUAGUUAAUCUAUGUGUAUGUAAAUAUGAACAAUUUCUUCCAAAUUUGAGUUUUCUUCC